CUGGGAGGCGCAAAAGAUCGUCUAAUGACAAACUGCACUGAGACGAAGAAGGAGGAGUGUCUUCUAACACGUCCUCAGCAGUCCCAUAAAAGGCGGAGAAUUUUCCUUUCUCCUCAUUUAGUGUGAAAUCUUAACACUGAACCAUGAGUGGAAGAGGCAAAGGCGGGAAGGGACUCGGUAAAGGAGGCGCCAAGCGUCACCGUAAGGUUCUCCGUGAUAACAUCCAGGGAAUCACCAAACCAGCGAUCCGCCGUCUGGCUCGUCGCGGUGGAGUGAAGCGUAUCUCUGGUCUGAUCUACGAGGAGACCCGGGGUGUUCUGAAAGUCUUCCUGGAGAACGUGAUCCGGGAUGCCGUCACCUACACCGAGCACGCCAAGAGGAAGACCGUGACCGCCAUGGAUGUGGUCUACGCCCUGAAGAGACAGGGACGCACCCUGUACGGAUUCGGAGGUUAACUCUGCGGCUUGAUCAGCGAAGAACAUCAAACGGCCCUUUUAAGGGCCACCCAAACCUUCUACAGAGAGCAGAUGAUCUCAUUAACUUUAAUAUUCUUGUCUAAGUAAUGAAAUUAUUUUUGUUUCAAUGAUCUCAUAGUUUUAGACUCGCCUCGAGGAUGCAUUUUUUUCUCCUUCCUGUGAUAUGAAGACAUGACAUUAUUUACCGCAUCAUCAAAUGUCACUGACUAAGAUGAAAACAUAAAGUUUCCAUCUAACACAUUUGAAUGUCAUGAACUUUUUUUUUCCCCAGAUGGACUAAAACUGAACCAAUAAACGUUAAACCAUCGAA